CUUAAACCAGCCUCAACCAAUCAUUCAUUUGUAAUUAGCGUGGAGGCAAAAAGGCUCUCGGAUAUCCAAACGUCGUCGCCGUCGAGUGACAAGCACUGCCAUCUCAAAGAAAAGAAGUGCCGCGAGGGGCGCGACAUCGAAACGAACCAACACCCUACCCGACGACCGACCGCCGAAACCAACUGCACCGAGCCCUCUCCCCAGCCAGCAUCAGUUCAUUCAGACCAAUCUCCACUCUACCGCUUGGAAAACGCUCCGAGCAAUUCAAUUCGCACAAACCCAAUCGAAAUGGCUAGCUCAUUGCGGACCACGGCCUCGAUGGCCAUGAGGUUAAAACCGACCGCGUCUCUCAUUCCGUACCGAUCAGUCGCCGCGCUCUCGUCGUCGUCAAGGUCACCCGCCGCCGUCCCUGCCGCUCAGUCGUCGACCGGCCUCGCCAGGCCCGAGCGAAAAGAGGUGCCACUGCCUAGCCAGGAGGGUACCAAGGGUGUGGUUCAAUAUGCUCUCACCACCCUCGACAUCAUAGCCAACUGGGGCCGCCAAUCCUCCCUCUGGCCCAUGACCUUCGGUCUGGCCUGCUGCGCCGUCGAGAUGAUGCACCUCUCGACCCCGCGAUACGACCAGGAUCGUCUGGGAAUCAUUUUCCGUGCCUCCCCUCGUCAGUCGGACGUCAUGAUUGUCGCCGGCACCCUGACCAACAAGAUGGCCCCCGCCCUCCGCCAGGUCUACGACCAGAUGCCUGAGCCCCGCUGGGUCAUCAGCAUGGGCAGCUGCGCCAACGGCGGCGGCUACUACCACUACAGCUACAGCGUCGUCCGCGGCUGCGACAGGAUCGUCCCCGUCGACGUCUACGUCCCCGGUUGCCCCCCGACCUCCGAGGCCCUCAUGUACGGCAUCUUCCAGCUCCAGCGCAAGAUGCGCAACACCAAGAUCACCAGGAUGUGGUACAGGAAGUAGAUGUUGGGCUCGAUUUUCUUUUUUUUCUGGCGGUUGCGUUUGCGAAGUUUAGGUUCUUGAGAGAGAAGACGCGCACAAAAGGUGCAGCUGGGAAGGGGGGUUUGCCGGGACGGAAAUUGGGAAGGCCUCCCCCCUUUUUGUCAGGUUAGAAUGGAAAGAGUAGGGAGGGCGGGCAUAGACGCAGCUGUGGUUAUUUCACCAAACUCUUCUUUGUAUUGGCUGUAUAUGUGACAAAAAUACAUGCUUUUUCUGGUCAAA